CUGCUGCUGGUCGAAGUGCGACAUGAAGCUGAAGAACCUUUCCAUAAGGUUCGGGUCCACGCUUGAGGAGGGUAGAACAAGCUCUUGCGUCCAGCGACCUCUAGGGGAUUUCUUCAGUGGACCAUUGAUAAUCUGUUUCCGGUUGACAUCUCAAUAGCAAUAGCUUUAGUUCCACCGCUUCGUUUUUUGUCUCUCCUCUUGAGCAUCCAUUCCGUCGGUUUCACCAAGUCCAGCCUCGGAGAGCAGCCGAGAUUUUCCUUGUUUCAUCAGCUCUCGCCAUCUUCAUUUUUUUUUUACGCUUCAAUUUCCAUUGCAAUUCUCAUUUUGGAGUUACGAGAUGGAGAAUCGCACGUACAUUGAUAGGCUUCCUGACGAGCUUCUCAUCCGCAUUCUAUGGCAUUCCUCGAACCCGCCAUCGUCUUACAAAUCUGACAGUGACGCUUUAUGGUCCUCACUGGAUCUGCAGCCGAACUACUUCUACGCGAAUUCUUCAGCCGAGAAAGACGGCAGCCAGGAAGACAAGGCCGUGCUACCGAUCCCUCCCGCCUUAGCAGAUGCAGCGUAUAACCUCCUCAUCGCAUCCAUCUGCCGACGCUGGCGUCUACUCGCUCGACGCUACGUCUCCUCGCUUCUCGUUGAAAAGGAUCGCGUCGUUUCGCUCCAAGAUCUCUCCAACUCCGUGUCUUGCUUUCCGAGCCUCACCCAUCUCCAUCUGGAAAACGACAGCGUGGAGGCGCUUGACGACGCGUUCCUCGCUCACCUCGCAUCUGCGUGUCCGAAGCUGACGGUUCUUCAUGUGGGUUACAGGAUCACGCCGUUUAGCUACGACGCCAGAAAGCAUCUCCAUCCGAUUACCGAAUCUGGUCUGGACCAUUUCUUCAGGCAGUGCUCUCAGCUGCAGCGGCUAUCCCUUUAUUGCCUCCACAGGGACACUCAGCUUCCGGCGUCCUUCUUCCUACUGACAGAUCUGCACACGGUUGUACUAACCGACGCGUCAGCACUAGAAUCUCCUGAUCUGGUGAACCUUUCUUCUCUCGCCACCCUGCACAUUGCCUCCUCGAAGCUAACCCGAGAGCAGUUGUCAAGCCUCGUUCGCCUCUCAAGCCUUACAAGCCUCUCAGUCUCCUCCAGAACAACUGUUCACGGCUCUGCUGCUUUCGCCUUCUCGCAACUCGCUUCUCUAAAGUCGCUGGAAUUUGGGGGAUUCGGUCCCAGUUUCAACAUAUUGUUUCCUUCAGCGGCGCCUUACAAAAGCCUGGAAAAUCUGCUGAUUUCUUACUGCGACCAGCUGGAGCGGUUUCCUGAUGACUUUGGAGAGCUGCUGCCAUCUCUCCGAAACCUGACCAUCCGCGAGUGCAACAAUAUAACCCAUCUGCCCGGAAGCUUGGCUUCUCUCAGCUUUUUGGAAAGCCUGAAAAUCUCCACGUGCUUCUUGUUCGAAGACCUGCCCGGAAACCUGGGGCAGCUGCCUGCCCUGAAAACCUUGAUUCUGGAUGAUCUGCAUCUGUCGAACCUCCCUGACUCCCUCUGCAAGCUACCCUCUCUAAAGACACUUUUCUUGAUUCAUUGCUGCCAGAUUCAGCAGCUGCCAGAAGCCUUUUCCAACCUGACAUCUCUCGAAACACUCUGCUUCAUGCACUCUACGCAACUGGUGGUUCCGGAAGACAUUGGAGAGCUUACUAAUCUCCACACGCUUGCUUUGAAUGAGAGCCUCGUGCAGCCGCUUCCUUGUUCCUUCACCCGGUUGACAUCCCUGACCAGACUUGAGCUGGAUGACUGCUGGAUUGAAGUCCUUCCUGCGGAUAUUGUGAAGCUGACCAGCCUGCAAGAGCUGUACAUCCAUGACUGUCCAAUCAGGGAGCUUCCGGAGUUAGUCACUGCUCUCACCAGCCUUGAAAUUCUGUCGGUUGGUUCCUGCAGUCAGCUCUCUUCAGUGCCUAGCAGGCUGGAUGCGCUCGGGAGGCUCAAACGGUUGGAAGUGACCAAGUGCGGAGUGCUCAGUAACCUUCCUGAAUGCUUGCCACCUUCUCUUGAGACUCUCAACUUCGGAACCUCCAGCCAAGUCACUGCUGUGCCAGACUUCUCUGUCCUGCCGAAGCUGAGGAAGCUGCGGUUGAAUCUGGACGGUAUCGAGCAAGGGCUGCGAUUUUUCAACAGUUUAUCUCAUCUGACGGAACUGGAGCUGGGAUUAGCUGAGGGUGCUGAGGAGCUACCAUUACCCUUGUCUUCCUUCCCUCAUCUACGUAUCCUGGCAAUUUCAAGGGCUGGGAAGAUGAAGAACCUUCCGGAAAACCUUGGUUCGGAUCUGCAGCAGCUGCAGCAGUUGAGGAUCCGUGGUGCUGCAGAAUUGAAGGAUCUUCCAGCAAGCAUCACACAGCUUCGACACCUAACAUCCUUGGAGAUCCAGCAUGCUCCAGAGCUUUCUUUUCUUCCGGAUGGCCUUGGAGCCUUAUCCCGGCUCCGGGAGUUACGCCUGUGCUACUGCUCAUCUCUGGAGCAUCUACCUGAUUCCUUCUCCCAGCUCGCCUGCCUGAACAAGCUGGUAGUCAUCAAUUGCUCCAUCCGCUGUCUGCCUUCCCACUUCGCCCAGUUGACCCGGUUGAGGAGACUCAGAUUGGAUGGUUGUAAGCAGCUGCAGGGGCUUCCAGAGGGGAUUACUGAGCUUAAGAAGCUGCACUCGUUGAGUGUUAAGGAUUGUGAGGAGUUGACAGAUACUCUAGACUUGGAUGGAUUCUAUGGAGUUUGGAUAUCCGCUGGGUCGCAAAGCCUCUAGUGGUUGGACUGGCAUUCAUGUCUUUUAAAACGUAACUUACUUAAGAUACCUAGUUGGGUGUGAAACAGAGGGGAGUUGGGGGAACUGCUGCUAGAGGAGCAGAGCGAGUGGGGGGUGGAGGUUUGUAGCAGAUAAAGGUGCUUUGGUGGAGGACAGAGAAGCCUUGGAGCCUUGGAACCAAGGAUGCAGUCCCAACCCAAGGCGCGAGAGAUUUCAAGGUGUGGUGGAUACUCCGAGCCUCACAAUCGCCUCGUGCGGUCUUUUUUCCAGCAUGCCCACAAACUUCGGGCUGCUGCCUCGCCUCAAAUCACUGGUGCUGCAGAAGCUGCCUCUCUUGGACCUCCCUGACUCACUCUGCCAGCUCACCUCCCUGGAGAGUUUCCUCCUGAUUGACUGCCAAGAAAUCGACCAGCUUCCAAUGGAUUUUUGCCAGCUCACAUCUCUCGAGACGCUCUGCCUUGUGAAGCUGUCCGAGGCUCACCAAUCUCGAAACUUUUCUUCUGAACGGGGUGUAUACGGAACCACACCUGCCAGCGCCAUUCACCCGGUUGACUUCGUUGACCCGGCUUGAACUAGACGAUUGCACAAUUGAAGAGCUUCCAGAGGACAUUGGGAGCCUGCAUAAGCUGCAGCAACUGCACGUGUACUCCUGCCAUAUCACCGAGCGUCCGGAGUCCCUCACACGGCUGACCCACCUUGAAAUGCUGACCGUUACGAAUUGUGAGGAGCUGUCUCGGGUACCCAGGUGGCUGAACGGCCUCAGCAGACUGAAGCGGCUGGAGCUGACAGAGUGUAAUGCGCUGAGUGAUGCCCCCGAAAAGCUGCCGCUUUUUCUCGAGGUCCUGAAGCUGGGGAGUUACAGCCAGGUUACAAUGUUACCACCAGACGUUUCUAGGUUACCCAACCUCACGGAUUUGAGAUUGAACAUGGUUAGUGCGGAGUGUGGAAUGGCAGUGAGCAAGAGCUUGCCCCGGCUGAUGCACCUAGAGCUGCUGCUGUCACAUGAUGCUGAGAAGCUUCCGUUUCCCUUAACCCAUCUGUCCCAGCUGCGCUCCUUGAUGAUCUACGGCAGCGGCAACAUGACAAUGUUCCCCAGAGACUUAGCGUCGGGCUUGCACCAGCUGCGAAAGCUGGAGAUUUUCCAUGUAGAGGGGCUGCUGGAGCUUCCACCGAGUAUCACCUCGCUCCAGCAUCUAACCUGCUUGGAGAUCUGGGCUCCCAAGGCGACCGCCCUCCCAGGCCGCAUCGGUGCGUUAAUCGCGGCUGCGGAAGCUGGAGGUACGCAACUGUGAAGCCCUGGGACGAAUUCCAGAUUCUCUCACCCAGCUGGCUUGCCUCACAACAAGUUCGCCUUUGAAGAUGUUGCGAUCCACGCACUUCCUCCUGGCUUCGCACGGCUGACCCGGCUGAGGAAGCUGAACCUGCGAGCCUGCCAGAAGCUGGAGGGUCUCCGAGAGGAUUUGAGUGAGCUGCGGAUGCUGCGGUGCGGUACUUGGAUGUUGGGGGGUGUGGCGAUGCGGUUGAUAGUGGCGACAAUUGGGGUGGUGUGAUGCCCCGUGGUGUAUGGGCUGUUGAUGGGGGAUAGGAGAGCUUGAUUGAUGCGCCUAUAGGCGUACUUGGGAACUGUUGCUGUGUUUGCUGUUUAUAAGCUAUCUGUUCAUACGGAUGUAUCAUGUACUGUACAGCCAGGCUGGGCUUCAAUACGUCAG